AGAAAAUGGCUGCCAUCUUCGGAAAUAGCUUAACUUUUACGACGUGCGUCCGUUGAAUGUAUUUGUGUUAUUUAGUGUCUGCCAAGUCGUAUUUGCCAUUAAAAUAUUUUUCUUCAACAUAAUACACAAUUUGUCAUAUAUUCUAUUGUUUAUAAUUUAAGUGAAAUUAUUUUUUUCAUUAUCAUAAAAAUUCAAUAAACCACAAGGUACAAAAUCAACAUGGCGGGUUAAAAACCAGCCAAUAGGCGCUCUGAAUGAAGCGUUUGAGAAUUGCAUGAAUAGGUACCUACCUACCUAUUCACAUUUCGCGUCACGAAAAGCUUUUGGUGCCUUCUGUAAAAUAAAUAAAAAUUACAUUAUGUAUGUACUGUUAGCAGUGAUCUUAAAAACUUGCGAUUUAGACGUGGAAGUGUAAAAUGACAGUAAUUUUGUGAUUUGUGACAUUAGUUUUGUGCUAAGCGUCGUAUGAGGCUGAGAUUAUGAAUCCUUUGGAUUUAGGAUGAAGCUAAAUAAUAUUGGUAACAUUUUGUUUUUGUAAACAAGAAUGUGUUUGCGAUACACGUGCGAAAUAGUGUUUAAUUGACAGUUGUAACUAAUGAUGUCGGGGAGGGGGGCUAAAAAACGCGGGAGACCCCCAAAAUCCGGCAAUUUUGAAAAGAACAGGAAAUUUCAAUAUCAUUUAUUAAAGAAACCCAAAUAUUUGCAAGCUCAAAAUAUUGGAACUGGAUCAUUGACGAGUACUCCAUCUGCAUCAAGAGCGUCAUCGCCUCAAGGUAGUGAUACUAGCAAACGUAGUACUCGAAAACAAAGAGGUGGGAAAUCACACAAAAGUAGAAGAGGUGGUCUAUCUAAUGCUUAUUCGAGAAGAGGAUAUAAUCCUCAUGCAGCAGAUUAUCAUGAAUCGGAAUAUCACUAUGGAUCUGAUUUUGGAGAUGAGUUUAGCGAUAGAUCAGAGCCUGAAGAGGAGCGAGUUAGCGAGAGUUCAGAUGCUUCCGCGAGUGAUGGUGCUGCUGGAAGUGAUAGUGACUUCUCCGUUUGCUCUAUUAACUCUGCAGCGGGAACUCCACGAAAAUCAGUUUCGAAUUUUAAUAGAGUUCCUAGUCCUGAUCCUCUAUGGCUUCAGCAAGAACGUCAAAUACCCAAUUUAGUACUUCCAGCCUCAUCUGAUGACUUAAUAAUUCCUCAUAGUUUAGUUUUGCAAGUGGUUGGUGUUUAUGAGGUUUUACGCCACUUUAGACAUCUUGUACGGUUAUCACCUUUCAGAUUAGAAGACUUGUGUGCUGCAGUUAGCUGUAAUGAGCAAAGUACACUACUAACAGAAGUACAUAUAAUGCUAUUGAAAGCACUUUUACGGGAGGAAGAUGCCCAACAAACUCAUUAUGGUCCUUUAGACCAUAAAGAUAGUGUAAAUAUAACACUGUUUCUAUUAGAUGUCAUGACAUGGCCAGAAGUUUUGAGAGCUUAUGUGGAUAGUGACAAAUCAUUUGAUAAAAAUAUAUCAAGAAUUUUGAAUUCUUGUGAAUAUCCUUUCACAACUGUUGAGGAUCGUCUUGCUGUUCUGCAGUUUUUGUGUAAUCAAUUUCUUAUCACUAAUCCAGUUCGUGAUGAUUUGAUCAAUGAAGCACCUAUACAAUAUGAUGACCAUUGUAGAGUAUGUCACCGCCUAGGUGAUUUAUUGUGUUGUGAAACAUGCCCAGCAGUAUAUCAUCUUGAGUGUGUUGAUCCUCCACUAGAAGAUGUGCCUUCUGAAGACUGGCAAUGUUCAUUAUGUAAACAACAUAAAACUGUUGGUGUUACUGAUUGUGUAUCUGAUGCUGAAAAACAAGGAUUACUUUGUCGUCAUGAACACCUAGGUUUUGAUAGGCAUGGUAGAAAAUAUUGGUUUAUCUCGAGACGGAUUUUUAUUGAGGCUGAAAAUAGUGAUGUCUGGUAUUACACAACAGGAGACCAGUUUCAAGAAUUACUAAAUAUAUUAGAUUCUAAGGAAAUGGAAGCUCCCCUUGUUCACGAAUUACUUGAAAUGAAGUCAGAGAUUCUUCGUCAAAUGGAUAUUACAGAAAAACUAACCAAUCAAGCUAAAGGAAACAGAAAGUCAUAUUUAGAAGUACAGAAUGCUACUAUUCUUAAAAAGAAAAUAUCAAAAGAAACACAUAAACAACAGCAAGGAUUCAGUAUUAAUGAUGAUGACAAGGGGUCAGAUUCACUUGUAAGUGAUGGAGAUAUUGUACAUGAAGUAACUGUGUCUAGUGAGGACAAUGAAAAACAUGAAGAAAAUGAAACGUAUAAUCCUGAUGAAAAAAGCACUAAUAAAAAUAAGUUAAUAAAGAAAAAUGAAGAAGUAUCUGAACGUCUUACAAGACAAAGAUCAAAUCAAAUAUCAAAUGGAACAUACUUAUUUAAGCUUGGAAAUGAAAAUGUAUUUAAGACGUAUGUCAAUCAAUAUACAUGUAAUCCAUUAGCCCUAAAUAAGCCCCAAAGAAAUGAAGAGCGUGAUAAGAAGAGAUAUAUUUCACACAAAUUUUCACUGUCAUCAGGACAGGAUUUCAAAUGGAUUGGUUUAUUGAAUGCGACAAAGCCAUUGCUAGUAGCAACAUUGCGUCAAACACUUCUACACUUGGAGUCUAAUAUAGUAAUACAAUUCAUGCAUCCCAAUUGGAGCCUCCUUAGGAAGCCCUGGGUGCAAGCUGUACAGCUCUGUCAAGCACCUAGAGACUUUGCAAGAGCACUUUGCGUGUUACAGGCAUGCAUUAGAAGUGUGGUGUGGGUACCAGCAUGGCACGAACAGCUGGGACAUGUACGGCUAAUGCGGACUACUGCGUUGGAGCGUGAAGAACGUAAGAAAAUCGACAAGAGAGAGAAAAAAGAAAGGGACGAAGAAGAAGAACGCUACCGCACUGCAUACAACUUUGUUAAAUACUCCUUAGGUCUUCACAAUCAGGUGUGGAAACAAAAAGGUGAAGAAUAUAGAAUUCAUGGACAGUGGGGUUGGCUCUGGAAUUCAUCUACUAGAAAGUUUAAAAAGCGAUACAAAUCUAUAAAAUUGGGCUUGAGCAAUGGGCCUGCAAAAAUAGCGGUUAGGGUAAGGGAAGGAAGCAUCAUUAAAGUGUUGGCAGUAGAACCUAAGACAUAUGAUUACCUAACAUCUGAUGGAUCUACUGAUGAAGAUGUUUUGGCAAAAUUACCCCCAUCGAUGAGAAACAUGACAUUGGAGAAGGAUGUUGAGGAUUUUGAAGAAAUUAAUGUAGAGAAAGCUCUAAGUUCCACAGUAAGACAGUACUACCCUAAAAUUGCAAGGAAAUCCAAAUUAGAUGAUCUUUUGGCUCGGCGUACAUAUCUCAAGUUCAUGGAGGAAAAAAAAAUUGGAAACCUAUUAGAGAAAGUUAAAAAAGAAGAAGAAGUAAGAAACGAAGAAGACAAGAGUAUUGAUAUUGAAACUGAAGAUUCAGAAACCGAAGUGACAAAUAUGUGUAAUACAACCGAUGAUGAUAACCAAGAAAAUAAUUCUAUAAGUAGCGAAAUAGCUACUCUGCGAGAGCAAUAUUUAGUAUUAAGUGGAAUUACCAAGCAGUACAAUUGUUAUUCCUUAGAUUGUAGGAAUGCUGAAACGGUCUUAAACCACACCGGAUUAAAAGUAAACUGUUAUUCACCUUUGUGUAUUGAGAAAGCUAAUUUAUUAAAUAAACUCCUGUCUUUGUUAAAAAGCAGUUCUGCCAACAACAAAGGUUUUGGUUUAAACUCACAGGAAAAUAAUAAAAUGUCAAUAUUAGAGCAAUAUCUUCUCGGCAAAAGAUCUAAUUCAAAUGAAAAUAUUUUGACUGAUUUAUUGUCUGCAGUUGCAUGUGCCCAAGAUUGUGACAAUAGAAAUACAGAUUCCUUCAUCAAGCGAAAGUCCAGUAGUGACUCUGAACCCAGCCUGAAAAUGGAAAGAAGUGACUCCAAUAUUCCUUAUGCUGAUAGUAUUCUUAAAAGUGAAAAUACUUUAGAUGAGUGUGCAGUUCCAGCUGUCGGCAAUGAAAUGGAUAUAGAUAUAGGCAAUAAUAACAUUGAUGAGAAUGAUGUGGAAAUUGGACCUUUGAAGGAGCUUACGGAAAGUGAUUGUCAGAAUGCAGAAAGCGGCGACGAUAAGUCUCGUCCUCCGAUUCCCAAGUUAAAAAUAACUAGAGGUAAGUCAGCGAAGUUAAAUAAAGAAGCAAAAAAUUAUGAAUGUUCCGUAAAGAGUGAAAAAACAGAAGACGUACCCAAGUACCGAGCUGCAAUAAAUAGACGAUUCGGAGCAAAAAGCAUUAAGAGGGAAGAAAAAGCAAUCAAAGAAGAGAAGACUGAAUGUGGAAUCGUUAGAAUUUAUUCUACAGAAAAACCAUGUGGAAAACUUUACCUGAAAAGAGUCCAAACUUCCGCAACUGAAAAGAAAAAGAAGAGGACGCCAGUGAAGUAUCCACCUUGCUCAUCGUUUCACACGAAAAGUAAAACGAAAACAAUAAUGGUCUUGCCUAACCAUGAACUAAGGAAAUUGAGUCGUCAAGGAGGUCACGCUACGGUGCACGGAUUUAGCCAUAGUGCUAAACCAAAUCAGCUGGUUUGGCCGUAUCCUUGUCCUAGGCCUCUUUUCAAAACCUGUUGGUUGUACAGAACGGUGAACCUCCAGUGGUUGGCCAGUGCUGCCCUGCAACUUAGAGUGAUGUGGGCAUGCCUGCGCUGGGACGACAUGGCAGCCAAAGCUGCCACGGCUGACGGCAAGCACCAACUCACCACGGACACCGAAAUCGUUUCCUUGGAGCUUUUGAAACAUCGUCACGUCGGCCAAUUUUCGGAAAGGACACAAUAUCUAAGACGUCGAGUCGUCAUUCCCCUUGAACUUCCCAAAACCGUGCGUGAAGUGACGUCCAUUCGCAGCGGCUUGAGGAAACGGAAACGAGCGGAAUCCCCACAAAAUACGGAACCUCAGGUAACGGAAGAAUGGGUAGACGAGGAAAAGUUGGAACUGUGGGAAGUGCGUCAAUACGGCGAGCGUUCGGAGCGGAUGACGCCAGUGACGCGCACCACCACGGGCAAGUUGCCCCUCAGGGGCAGAGUGCCCACACCUCCCCCCGCGCACGCGGCUGACAUCAAGGACAAGAUGGAGCAGCAGCUUCGCGAGCAACGCGCUGCCCACCAGCAGAAGAGGGCGCUCGAGUUGUCGCAGGAUAAAUCGAAGGGAACGCCCAACCACAAUUCCGGGAAAAAUACUUUGUCGACGCUAUUGACUGCAAACACCCCUACGUCGGGCGGACAGAAGAAUGUUAUAGGAACUAGAAGAAUCAUAAUGACUAAGGGGAGCGACGGGACGACACGCGUCAUCAGUCAGCCCGUUCAAAGUGUGAAAUUGUCCAGCGAAUCACCUAAGCCGAUGACUCCCUCCCAGAAGGAGGGCCCCCAAAAAGUUCAAAUCAUACGAGGGCCCGACGGCAAGAUCACCGUCAAGGGUCUCCUGCCGGGGCAACAGUUGGUGCAGAUGGCCGACGGCAAACUGCACGUCGUGAUGGCGGGCCAGCAAGGCGGAACGGGGCAGUUGAUCGCGGCCGCCUCGGGCAAGAUUGACACGGAAAAAUGCAAAAAUUCCAUCGAAAAAACUCCCAAAGUAAAGCCGGAGGAGACGAAACCGGUGCAACGAGUGCUGCAGCCUUCGCAGAGCGUGACCGGUCGUCACCUGGUAGUGCAGCCCGCGCAGCCGGUGGUCGGGCAAGCUUCGCAGCAGGUGAUGGUGCCCUCGCAGCAAGUGGUGGUCCAACCCUCGCAGCAGCUGGUAGUGCAGGCGGGCAACGCGGGCGGCAGGGCGGCCGCCGCCGCCACGCCUCGCAUGCAGGCCGUGCUGAUGCAGGGACAGCUGGUGCAGCGCGCCGCCACCCCUCCUCGCGCACCCCCCGUCACCCCCAUCCGCCCGCAGACGCCGCGCCCGCGCGCUCAGCAGAUCGUCGUCAACAGCCCCGCCCUGGCCCAACAGCUCGCGACCGGCAAGGUGCAGCUGGCGACGGUCAACGGGCAGCAGGUGCUCAUCCGGCACACGGGCAACAACCAAGCGCAGAUAGUCGCCCACAUAGGGCAGAGCCCCGUGCCCGCGCAGGCGGCUUCUCCGGCGGCCCCGGCGGUGCAGGCGGUGCAGGCUCUCACGCCGGCCCCCGCCCUCCAGCCCGUCUCGUCCGCGCCCCCCGCCCCGUCCUUGGUGAGGCCCCCGGCUCUGGUUCCCGCCACUUCCAACUCGCCCCAGCAGCUUACGGAGGAUCAGAUCAUGGAAAAGAGGUUGCUCGCCGGACAACCGCCUGGAACUGUGAUAAAGACUGUUACGGCUCAGGUGAUGCAGACGAGCAGCGGUCCCAGUAUAGUCCUGCAGGGACUUCACGGUUAUUCCUUAACCCCCCAACAGUUGGGAUUAGUGCAACAUCAAGUCAAACAACAAUUACUAAAAGCGCAAGAGUCUACCGGCAAGCAGGGAAUGUUGGGUCCGCGCAAGAUGUACCUGGCGGUGCAGCCCGCGCCCACAGCCCUCCCCGCGCAGCCCAUGCAGACCAUACAGCCCAUCCAGCCCAUCCACUCUCUCACGAUACCCACUCCCGCGCACCAGGAGACAAAUGAGGAAGAUAGAUUAAAGCGAUCUUUAGUAAACGGUGAAGACAAUGUCGCAGUGGCGGCAAGUAGCAAAGAAGCUGUGCCCUCGAAGCCUGAAGAUAUACUGGGAAAUAUUACUAAAACAGAUAUUGUUAACUCUCAAGAUGAGACUCUAAAUAAUAAAUUUAUCCUCACUCCUGACUACAUCCAACAGACAAUCAAAAGUGCCUUAAAGCAGGAGAACUUGAAUCCUGAAAUCGAGGAGAAACUACUGCAACUACAGCGGUACCAAGAGAAGCAGAUGAAGCCUGAGAUUGUGGAGCGCGAAGUGCGGGCCCUUCCACCUCCCGUCAUCUCCCCCUCCCCUUCGCCCCCCGCGCCUGCACCCCGCCGCCGCCCCCCCAUCCGGCACGACGAUGACGACGAGUGGGUCGAGACGAGCCCGCGGAAGCGAGGUCGAGCGCGUCCACCCUCCCCGAUCCCCAACCUCACUCCUCCCAACCCGACAGCGUCGCCCCGCGCCCCUCCGAGACACGUCCCCGUGCUAGCGCAGCCCCUUCACGCUCCCCCUACGCCGGCCCCUCCGACGCCUCCCAGAGCCCUGCCGGCCCCCAACCCCGCACCCCUCUCGGCCGCCGACGAGCGACGACGCACAGCGACGAACAACUCGCGCCUGCAAAUGAUACUGUUCAAACACAAGGAGAUGCUUAAAAAAGAUAUAAUCAAGAAGCGUGGGCUGUUGGAGAAGGAGCUCGGUGUUGAAAUACAGAAGGAGUUAUCCGCUGAAUUGGCUUUACGAACUCGUGCCGAGAGAACUAAACAAGAAGAAGUCCGAGGCAAACGACGGACUACCUCGGUCAGUCGCGAUGCAACUCCGAAAACUAAGAAGUCAGUCAAAAAAGAGAAACUCUUGUGUAUAUGUCGGACUCCAUAUGAUAAUACCAAGUUUUACGUGGGUUGUGAACACUGCAGUAACUGGUUCCACGGCGACUGUGUCGGCGUCACUGAAGAGAUGAGUAAGACUAUGGAGGAGUAUGUGUGCUCCGAGUGCAGAAGGGCUGAAGAGACGCAAGAGCUCUACUGUCUCUGUCGGCAACCCUACGAUAAUUCACAGUUUUACAUAUGCUGUGAUCGAUGUCAGGACUGGUUCCACGGCAGAUGUGUCGGAAUACUUCAGUCUGAAGCAGACAACAUAGACGAAUAUAUUUGUCCUAAUUGUCAGAAAAAUAAUUCCGUCAACUUUGCAAAUAUGAAGGAACUCACCCCCAAAGAUUAUGAAAACUUGAAACGACUCAUCAAACAAAUUCACUUGCAUAAGAAUGCGUGGCCUUUCAUGGAGCCGGUUGAUCCUAGGGAAGCCCCGACGUAUUAUAAAAUAAUCAAGGAACCCAUGGAUCUUCAGACUGUGGAAAGGAAAGUGAAUGACCAAACAUAUAGUACUUUGAGUGAAUUUAUUGGUGAUAUGACUAAAAUAUUUGACAAUUGCCGAUAUUUCAAUCCAAAGGAUUCUGAAUUUUAUCGAUGUGCCGAAGGACUAGAAGCAUUUUUUGCACAAAAAAUUAAAUAUUUUCGUGAAAAGUUAUUUGAAACCACACAAUGAUAGAAGUGCUUGUGAAUUAAACUAAGUGUGUACGAGAUUGUGUCGGUUUAUUUAGAGAUGUAUCUAUUAUUUUACUACUGUUUGUGAUCUGUAUCAUCUGUAAAUUGUAAAGUGAAGUGGAGGAGAAAAUAAACUGUAUAAAUUAUUUCUAUAGAUAUAUAUUAAGAUGUCAGCUUCAUGUGAAGUAUUUAUUGUAUUUAUUAAUGCUUAUCACACGGACACUUCAUAAGCUGACAUGCACUUCUCGGAAGAAUAUUAUGUACCUAUAUACUUUAUGAAAAAAACAUUAUGUUAGCGAUAACUUGACUUGAGUUACUUUGGUAGUAGUGCAUAGCAUAGGUAAACUUAUUGUAUGUAAGAAAUAAAUUUUUUAUUAACAUACA